CCUAAGACUCUCUCUCUCUCUCUCUCCAAAACAAUGUUCAUCAUCAAACUCAACCAUAAACCAUAACUGUUAUGCUUUUUUUAUUUCAUUUUUAUCUGUUAACAAAAAAAACACUAUUCUGCUGAAACAACAAACAAACAAACAAACAAAGAACCAACAAAAAAAAAACCAAAGACACAGAGCAUUGCAUUGCAGAAAAUGGUAAUGAAGAAGGUUCACAAGGUUUCAACUUUCUUCUUCUUCUUCACUACCAUCUUCUUUGUUUGUGUUCCUCCGGCAAAACCAGAUCUGGGUUCGGAGCGCGCCGCCCUGUUAACACUCCGUUCAGCGGUGGGUGGCCGAACCCUUCUCUGGAACGCCACCUUCGCCACCCCAUGCAACUGGGGUGGCGUCAAAUGCAACUCUAACAACACUCACGUCGUUGAGCUUCACCUUCCCGGAGUUGCACUUUCCGGUGAACUUCCCGGCGGUGUUUUCUCUAACCUUGUCCACCUCCGCACCCUCAGCCUCCGGUUCAACGCCCUCUCCGGCAACCUCCCCGCCGACCUCGCCGCCUGCGUUGGCCUCCGGAACCUGUACUUGCAGCAGAACCUUCUCUCCGGCGAGGUUCCUCAGUUUUUGUUCCGGUUGAACGGUUUGGUUCGGCUCAAUUUGGGUUAUAAUAAUUUUUCCGGUCCGGUUCCGGUCGGGUUCAGGAACUUGACCCGGUUGAGGACACUCUUUCUGGAGAACAACCGGUUAACCGGUUCGUUGCCUGAGUUGGACCUAACCGAGUUGGCUCAGUUCAAUGUGUCUAACAACAUGUUGAAUGGUUCUGUUCCUGAAAAGUUGCAAGCUUUUUCAAAGGACUCGUUUUUGGGUAAUUCCCUUUGUGGGAAGCCACUAAGUCUUUGUCCUGGGGAUGCUAAUGUUGGGAAUGGUGCAAAUGGGACUUCAAGUGUGGUUGGAGAUAAUGGAGGGAAGGUGGUUGGAAAGAAGAAGAAGAGCAAGUUGUCUGGUGGUGCCAUUGCUGGGAUUGUUAUUGGGUGUGUGGUGGUUCUUUUGUUGGUUGUUUUUGCUUUGAUUCUUUUGUGUAGGAAGAAUAGUAGUAAGAAGACUAGUUCUGUUGAAAAUUUUGCAACUUUGAAGCAUCGUGAGGUGGAAAUUCAAGGUGACAAGGCUGUUUCUGAUGUGGAGAAUGGUUCGGCGGCCGCGGCGGUGGCCCGGACUAGGAAUGGUGGUAAGAGUGAAGGGGUUGGUGGUGGAGACAAAAAAUUGGUGUUUUUUGGUAAUUCAAGUAAGGUGUUUGAUCUUGAGGAUUUGCUUAGGGCUUCUGCAGAGGUUUUGGGGAAAGGGACUUUUGGGACUGCAUAUAAGGCGGUUUUGGAGGUUGGUCCUGUGGUGGCUGUGAAGAGGUUGAGGGAUGUGACCAUUUCUGAGAGGGAAUUCAAGGAGAAGAUUGAAGGGGUUGGAACAAUGGAUCAUGAAAAUUUGGUCCCUCUUAGGGCUUACUAUUAUAGCAGGGAUGAGAAGCUUCUUGUUCAUGAUUACUUUCCAAUGGGAAGCUUAUCUGCACUUUUGCAUGGAAACAAAGGAGCGGGUAGGACACCACUGAAUUGGGAAUUGAGAUCAGGCAUUGCACUUGGAGCUGCUCGUGGCAUUGAAUACCUACAUUCACAAGGGCCUAAUGUUUCUCAUGGAAACAUAAAGUCAUCAAACAUCCUCCUAACCAAGUCCUAUGAUGCAAGAGUAUCUGAUUUUGGCCUUGCACACCUUGUUGGUCCUUCAUCCACACCCAACAGGGUUGCCGGCUACCGUGCUCCGGAGGUAACUGAUCCUCGGAAAGUAUCUCAGAAAGCUGAUAUAUACAGCUUUGGUGUAUUGCUCUUGGAACUUCUUACCGGAAAGGCUCCUACUCAUGCCCUCUUGAAUGAGGAAGGAGUGGACCUUCCAAGAUGGGUGCAAUCAAUUGUUAGAGAAGAAUGGACUUCUGAGGUCUUCGAUUUUGAGCUCCUUAGGCAUCAGAAUGUUGAAGAAGAAAUGGUUCAGUUGUUGCAACUUGCAGUAGAUUGUGCAGCACCAUACCCUGAUAAGCGCCCUUCAGUUUCUGAAGUGAGACAGCACAUAGAAGAGUUACGUAGGUCAAGUUUGAAAGAGGAUCAAGGCCAAAUCCAACAACAUGAUUUGAUCAAUGAUAUAGAUGAUAUAUCUUCUAGAUGAGUUUGGUCUUGGUUUGCCUCCAUCUUACUACUUUUGAUUCCAAAAUCCUGUGCUUAUGUUGUUGUAAUUUUUUUCAGCAUCCAUUGUACUAGUUCACCCUUUUUUCUUCCCAAUCAAUACCUUGGGAGAGUGGAUAUCUUUUCUCAUUAGUAAAUUGA